GAUGGGCAAAAAGUGGGUGGGCCUAAGCCCAGCCAGGGCCACCCAUAGCUACGCCCCUGACCUCCAGCCUCACUAUAAAUCUCCUGCCUGUAAGAAGCACAAACUAGUUGAAGCCACUGGAAACCUGCAGGAGAAGAUCUGCUCUCAUCAUAAAUCAGGAGAAGGCUGAAGUGAGUCGGGUUGAAGGACUCCUGGAGCGACUGGAGCAGGAGAUUGCUGAGCUGAGGAGGAGAGACGCUGAGCUGGAGCAGCUUUCACACACAGAGGAUCACACCCAUUUCCUCCAGGUAACAUCACUGGCUCUCUGACAGUCUGCACUGUGUAUAUUGCACAUACAGGGUGAGGUGUGUUCCUCAUUUACAAAGAUCUGCCCCUGGCAUCUGCACAAGAAUCUGAAUUGAGACUUUUUGUUCUGUCUGUCUGUCUGCAGAGUUGUCAGUCUCUCUGUGCCCCUGUUGGACCUGGAGACUUACCCAGCAUCACUGUCAGUGCACACGUCUCUUUUGAGGCUGUGAGGAAAUCUGUCUCUGAACUGAAAGAGCGACUGGAGGACGUCUGCCAGGGGGGAAUUAGCCAAAAUGUUCCAAGCAGCGGAUGACGUCGGUAAUCCACAGCCCAGGAGAGAGGACUUCUUACAAUAUUUCUGCCCACUCACACUGGACCUCAACACAGCACAUAGACGCCUCCAACUGUCUGAGGGGGGCAGAAAGAUCACUUAUGUCAACGAAAUCCAGCCAGAUCUUAAUCAUGAUAAUCCAGAGAGAUUUGACCACAAAGUUCAAGUGCUGUGCAGUGAGCGUCUGCUUGAACGCCAUUACUGGGAGGUUAAGUGGAAAGGGGAUCGGGUUUGUGUAGCAGUGUCAUAUGAAGACAUUGGCAAGAAAGGAGAGGGUGAUGACUGUCGUCUGGGAAGUAAUAACAAGUCCUGGAGUUUGCGCUUAUCUAACCCCAAACACUCUGUCUGGCACAGUGGUAAUGACAUUAAAAUCUGUGCUCUCAACUACUCUAUAAUAGGAGUGUACCUGGAUCACGGAGCAGGAACUCUGUCCUUCUACAGCGUCUCUGACACAAUGACCCCCCUGUACACAGUCAAGACCGAAUUCACUAAGCCCCUCUGUCCUGCGUUUGGGUUUUCCAGUUACAGAUCCUCUGUAAAACUGUGUGAUCUGAAUGAUGCAGCCAGUGAAGGGAAGAUCAGCUGUAAUUAAAGAGGGAGAAACACUCAAAUGCAACAGAAAAUAGAUUAAAUGAAACAAUUAAAUGAAUGAAUCAAAUACAUAGGGGCCGGCUAAGUGCUGUAGAGUUUGAAACGACCUGAAAUUUUCAGCCCAACCCUACAUAACCCCGCCUUCUUUUCAGUCCAACCCUACAUGACCCCGCCUUCUUUUCAGUCCAACCCUACAUGACCCCGCCUUCUUUUCAGCCCAACCCUACAUGACCCCGCCUUCUUUUCAGCCCAACCCUACAUGACCCCGCCUUCUUUUCAGCCCAACCCUACAUGACCCCGCCUUCUUUUCAGCCCAACCCUACAUGACCCCGCCUUCUUUUCAGCCCAACCCUACAUGACCCCGCCUUCUUUUCAGCCCAACCCUACAUGACCCCGCCUUCUUUUCAGCCCAACCCUACAUGACCCCGCCUUCUUUUCAGCCCAACCCUACAUGACCCCGCCUUCUUUUCAGCCCAACCCUACAUGACCCGCCUUCUUUUCAGCCCAACCCUACAUGACCCGCCUUCUUUUCAGCCCAACCCUACAUGACCCCGCCUUCUUUUCAGCCCAACCCUACAUGACCCCGCCUUCUUUUCAGUCCAACCCUACAUGACCCCGCCUUCUUUUCAGCCCAACCCUACAUGACCCCGCCUACUCUUCAGUCCAACCCUACAUGACCCCGCCUUCUUUUCAGUCCAACCCUACUUGGCACAUGUCUGUUUUUUUUUUUUUUACAAAGAGUGCCUAUUUUUAAAAAUAUCUGAUUUUGCUGUUAUUGUGGUUUUGAGUUUUAGAUAAAUGUAUUCAUGUUUAUUGGUUUAAAAAUGGGUAAUUCCUUAUUUGUCUUUGAAAUUUUGUUUAUAAUUUUGUUAACAAUUUUUGUCAUAGAUGAUUUUUCUUUAUGGAUUUUUGACUUUUAAAGGAAUGUGUUUUAGUUGUUUUGGAAAUUUAAAACCAAUAAAGCCAAGUCUAAUGCUUGCAUUCCAAUAUUACAGUCAGCUCCAUAAUGUUUGGGGCAAAGACAUGCUUUUUCUUGAGUUGGCUCUGUACUCCAAAACUUUAGAUCUGUACUCAGGGUAUUCACAUGUGAUUAAACUGCAGAUUCUCAGCUUUUAUUUAAGGGUAUUUCAUGCAUUUUGGUUUCACCAUGCCACACAUUACCGUGUGUGGGAUAUGUCAGAGCAUCAUGGUAAUGGCGUUUAUAUGGAGGUGCUGCUGUAAAAUCAUUAAGACACUUUGGGUUUCAUGGCUGUUGUUGUUUUGCAUUAUACUGGGAUAUGUUGGGUCCUAAAUGUUGUGAUUGUUUACAAGAAGAAUGAAAUAAACAAAUGGUUGUGGUAACA